AUAGGCUAAGAAUAAGAAAAAUUUAAGGCUUUUCACUGCUAACAUAAAUCUGUAAACCAUGAAUCCCCAACAAAGUGAAUUUGUAAUUUUAUAUCUCAAAAUGAACACACAGAACUCAGCAGGAAUUAGAAAUUCCCUAUAAGGUUUCACCCCCAACAUUUGACAGGAAAGGAACUAACUCAUGAAGUGUGACUUACCUAAGUUUAUACAACAAAUUAGUGGGAGAGUCAAAACUAGAGCCCAGGUCUAAUGACUUUUAUGAUGUCUCUCUUUGGAAAGUUUAAUUUGAAGACUGAAAAUUUAAGACAAAAUAAUGUUCUAAUUUACACCACUGAUAACAAAUUAAAACCCAUUAACUUGAGUGAAAUUUUUCAAAGUUUGAAUAACUUUAUGAAUGGCUAAAUCACGAAUGGCUGGCUGCCUGCCUAGGACUUGGAUUGUAUCUAGUCGUUAAGAAUAGACUACCGCGGUAGCCAUUGAGGAGCAGCAGCCGUGGCCCUCCGCUACCCCAUGGCCGUGGGCCUCAACAAAGGCCAUAAAGUGACAAAGAACGUGAGCAAGCCCAGGCACAGCUGCCGCUGCGGGCGCCUCACCAAGCACACCAAGUUCGUGCGGGACAUGAUCCGAGAGGUGUGUGGCUUUGCCCCCUAUGAACGGCGCGCCAUGGAACUGCUCAAAGUCUCUAAGGACAAGAGGGCCCUGAAAUUCAUCAAGAAAAGGGUGGGGACACACAUCCGUGCCAAGAGAAAGAGAGAGGAACUGAGCAAUGUCCUUGCAGCCAUGAGGAAGGCAGCAGCCAAGAAGGACUGAGCCCCAUCCCCUCUGUGUAAUAAAACCUAUUCAGAAAAAACAAAAGAAGAAUGGAACAUUGCCCUUUACCUGUGUGCCCAGCAUCCAGUACAGCCUCUAGCCAUGGCCAAGUCUUAGGAAGCAUUGUUAAUAGUAAAUCUUGUUUCCCUAGAGCACAUCUUUGCUUUUUUGUUUUUUUUAAAUUUAUAUUUUAUUGAUUAUGCUAUUACAGUUGUCCCAUUGUUUUCCUUUAUUCUUCUCUGCCCUGCACACCCUCUUACCUCAGCA